AGAAUGGGCCAGGGCAGAGCUGGCCUGGGCACGGAGGGCUUGAUCAGGGCCAGGCUGGGCCAGGCACGGCAAGGAGGGCAUCUGGCCGGCCAGACACAUGGCAGAAGCUGAAGAGAUCCUGCUGCAGCUUCAGAAGGACAACAGAGAUGGAAGGCUGAAGAAGCAGGAGCUGGAGGAGUUUAUGAGGAUCCUGGAGACAGAGAGUGAUAAACUGGUUCUGAAACUGAGGGGCCUGAGGGAGCAAGAGCGCAGCCUCCAGCGGAGGCUGAACCAGGCGGCAGGGGCCCUCCGAGGGGAGGCCGAGGACGUGGUCAAGAGCCGAGCAGCCCGCACCCUGGAGCUCAUCGCUGAUGCCGCCGAGCAAAAGCUUAUCCUGGAGAGGAGCAACCAGUUACUUCAAGAAGAAUGGGAAGAGCUUUCCAGCCAGCUUUUCUACUACGGUGGGGAGCAGCAGUGUCAGCGGAGGCAGAACCGGCGCCUGCAGGCGGAGCUGCUGAGCCUACAGAAACAGCAGGAGAUAAUGGAGUCGAGAUUCGCCCUCCAGGCGGAGGGGAUCCAGAAGGGAGUCGUGCAGAAGGAAGAGGCCUGGGCCAGCUUCCAGGAGCAGAGCGGGGUUCUCCAGGAGCUCCAGAUCAAGGUGAUGGAAGUGGCCUCUGUCCUGGACGCCCCUCGAGAAGGGACAGAUCUGAACCCCGGGCAGAUUUCCCCCAUGGCCAAAACCCCAGGCUCCCUCAUGGAGGAGGUCGCUGAAGCCAAUUGUGAAAACAGGCUCAACGGCCCUGGGCAUCUGUCAGGGCUCAGGCUCCUGGCCAUCCUAGGGCUUCGGCUGCUGCUUCCCCUGUGGUUCCUGAGCCUGCCCCUCUUCUACCUUAACUUGAUCAAUCCCAAUGCCAUCCGAGAAGCCCUCUCUGGCCUGUGCUCCCAGGGCACCUUCCGCCGUUUGCGAUACACCCUUUCGCCUCUGCUUGAACUCCAGACCAACAACCUGCUGCCCACUUAGGCCUGGCCGGAGGCAGCCCUGACCCUUUUCAUCUCAUCCUCCUCAUUGGUAGUGUCCCAGCCCCGCCCAGGCCCCACCCUGUCUCAGCUCCAGCUCCGUCCCACCUCGGCCCAGCCCCGCCCCCACCUAGCCUAUUCUCACCUAAACCCCUUCUCCAUCUCCUCCCAUCUUAGCCUAUCCGCACCCUAGCCCAGGCCCACCUCAGCCAAUCUCCCCUCUCCUCACCUCCCCCUCUACCCUCCUGGCCCGUCCCCUCCCUCUUCCCAUCAUCCCCUUCUCCCCAUCCCUCUCUCCUCUUCCUAUUUCAAGACCUCUCCUCAUCUUGCCAUCCCAGCUCCCUCCAAUUCCAAUCUUCCCCAUUCCCCUCUUCUCUCCCCAUUGCUUCCUAGCCCGAUCUCAUUCCGUUGUCACCAUGUUCCCAUUCUCCCCACCUCCUCCCCUUCCAUCCCACUGUCUUCUCGGUCGCAUCCCAGCUCCCAACUCUCCCCUCCAUCUCCUCCCAAUCUCAUCUCAUCCCUACUUCAUUCCAGCCCUUAAUAAUCGAACCCAACACUCCCCUCCGGUCUCCAGCUCAGCCUGGUCCCGCCCCACACUCAUCCCCCAUAACCCUCUCCUCUCAUCUACAACCCUGUGACCAGUCCAACCCAAUCCUACCCCAUGCCAGCUUCCUUCCCUAGCCAAGCCCGUUCUUCCCCCACCCCUGAACCCAUGGUCACAACUGAUUCUUCACCGUCUCAUCCUCAACCCAGAUGCCCUCCAGCCCACCCCAGCCAAGCCCCUGACCCGUUUUCCCAUACUUAGCCCCUUCCCGUGUCUGCCUCUUCUUCCUGUCCCCAUCCCCACUCCACCCCAAACCCUUAUCUGUAGCUCCAUUGUGUUCCCUCCCAUUCCCACCUCAGUCAUCCAUCCCAUGUCUUACACAUCUCUUCACUCUCUCCCAGUUCUUGGCUCUGACUUUGACUUCAGGGACAGGGCUGAAAUCUCUCCCUGUACUCCAUGGAUUGUGUGUGUCCCUAUAUUGAUCGUGGAUUAAUGGAUCUGGGCUCAAAUUGG